AUGGUGACUAGUAAAGGUACAAAAAGCAAGAGAUUUCCUAUGUGCCGAAGGAAAGAACAAGCAAUGUUUACAUUUUAUGAGUACAAGGAAAUCGAAGAGACAAUAAUGUUCACACUAUUUUGUUUUAUUUUCCAGGAGCCCAGUACCAAACGGGUUAAGCCACUUUCGAGAGUUACAUCACUAGCAAACCUAAUUCCACCAGUACGGGCAACUCCCUUGAAACGAUUCAGCCAGUCACUCCAGCGCUCUAUCAGUUUCAGAAGUGACAGUCGGCCUGAUUUGUUCACCCCGCGACCGUGGUCAAGAAAUGCUCCCCCUCCCACCACAAAGCGAAGAGACAGCAAGCUUUGGAGUGAAACCUUUGAUGUUUGUGUCAAUCAAGUGCUCACAUCUAAAGAGAUCAAGCGCCAGGAGGCUAUAUUUGAACUAUCUCAAGGGGAGGAAGACUUGAUAGAAGACUUGAAGUUAGCAAAAAAGGCAUAUCAUGACCCAAUGUUGAAACUUUCCAUAAUGACAGAGCAAGAAUUAACCCAAAUUUUUGGAACCCUGGACUCACUAAUUCCUCUACAUGAAGAUCUGCUCACGCGGUUACGGGAAGCGAGAAAACCAGAUGGAUCUACAGAUCAUGUGGGCCUCCUCUUAGCAGGCUGGUUGCCCUGCUUAAACUCCUACAACAGUUACUGCAGUAAUCAAGUAGCUGCCAAGGCUCUACUAGAUCACAAGAAACAAGAUCACAGAGUACAGGACUUUUUACAGCGCUGCUUAGAGUCUCCAUUUAGCCGAAAACUGGACUUAUGGAAUUUUUUAGAUAUCCCAAGAAGUCGGCUGGUGAAAUAUCAUUUAUUACUUAAAGAGAUAUUAAGGCAUACACCGAAUGAUCACCCUGACCAGCAGCACCUUGAAGAAGCGAUGAAUAUAGUUCAAGGCAUAGUAGCAGAAAUCAACAUCAAGACUGGUGAAUCUGAAUGCCACUAUUACAAGGAAAGACUUAUUUAUCUUGAGGAAUGUCAAAAAGACCCUUUGAUUGAAAACUCAAGAGCACUGUGCUGUCACGGGGAGCUUAAGAACAAUAGGGGAGCUAAAUUUCAUGUGUUCCUGUUUCAAGAAGUCCUUGUAAUAACAAGAACAAUCUCUCAAAAUGACAAGCUUCACUACCAGCUUUACCGACAGCCCAUCCCAGUAAAAGAUCUUAUUUUGGAAGACCUGCAGGAUGGUGAGGUUCGGUUGGGGGGAUCACUCCGAGGUGCUUUCAGCAAUAACGAGAGAAUCAAGAACUUCUUUCGGGUUGGCUUCCAAAAUGGUUCACACAGUCAAUCACAUUCCUUACAAGCAAAUGACUCUUUCAAUAAGCAGCAGUGGCUCAACUGUAUCCGACAAGCCAAAGAAUCUAUUAUAUGUUCUGUGGGAGAUGAUACUCAUCCAACAGAAGGACAAUAUUUAAUAUCUGCCAAUGGGAACAGUGAUAUUCAACAACCAGCUAAGUUUGAACAAAUGGACCAUUCAGACAGUGUUUCUGACUGCAGUAUGGACACAAGUGAUUUCAGCAUGGACUGUGAACAAAUGGAACAGACAGGCUCCAUAGCAAACAGUAAACAGCUUGAAAGUAAUGUUUGACAAGAGGAUCACAUCUCCUGAUAGUAACCUUGUUUGUUACUUGAACAGUAUUUGCAUUCCAUAAAUGGAGCCAUUUGGAAAAGCACUUUUCAAUCACAUUUGUGAUGGUAUCAAUAAAUGACCCCCCUGAAAACUGUACUGUUCUUACCAGAUAUGUUUUUGUAAUUGCUCCUCUUACAACUGGAUUUAGAUAAGAGGUGAAGGGAUAUGGAAGUGAUCUCACUUUAAUGCAUCAUUUCCACUGCAAUUUAUUUUUCUUAAAAAAACAGUUAACGUAGUAUAAAAAAUAAAAACGUCUCCCAAGUGGUUAUAUUGAUCAACUAGAACAACAUUUCACUGUUUGGGCAAAUAUUUUCUUUAAUAAAUAAAUAAAAUUGGCUCAGUAGUGAACUGUCUCAGGAAAAAAAAAUAUAUAUUUUUUUCAAUGGCGGUGAUAAAUUAAGGUUAAUACACCACUUUCACAUCCCUUUAAUAAUGUUUGCAUUGACUUGCUGGUAUAAGAAUCUUUUGUCUAUAUGUAUAAAAUAAAAAGGAUAUAGGUUUUACUGUAAAAAAAAUAUAACUAUUAUCUGUACAUUUUUACACUGUCUCUGUUAAAGUGGAUAGGUCUGACUGUGUUAAAUAAUAAAAAUUAAAAAUAAAUGUUAGGGUGUAAAAUGAUACACAUCAUUGUUCAUAUUCUAUGCAUUAAAAUAGUUACAAAUGAUUGGCACUUGCUAUUAGCAACAACUGUUUAUAACAUAAGAUAAAACUAAACACAGACCUACAAAAUACAGAUUUUUUUGGUGGCAAGACUAAAAUACCUUGAAAUUGUGCAUAUGAAUGAAGAACCUUAAAACUGAUUGAGAUAUAUAUAUAUAUAUAUAUAUAUAUAUAUAUAUAUAUAUAUAUAUAUUUAUAUCAAUCAAUCAAUCGUACUCCUAUUUUAUUUUGGUUUAUAGGAUAAAACAAUAAUAUGGUUCAGAACUUUGCACUUACAUUAAAGAUUUUACAAGUAUUUUGAAAGCACGCACACGUGUUGUCUUAAAUAUCCAGUUAUUGAAUGCAAAAUUGUAUCGUUUUUGAAAAACAGCAGUCUUAAAAGAUAUUUGCUCUACAUAACCCUAUGGGAUAUAGUUAGAGAAAGUUAUUUAGAUAUUUUUUUUGCCAUAUGAAUUAUUUUAAUUUUGUACAAAUUUAAGCAAACAGAUUUUAGUAAUUGCAUUGAUGGUUAAUUCAAAGUCUAUUUAAUUUAUAAUUAUCUUGCAAACCAUGCAAUGUACAGCUAAGACAUACAAGUUUAAUGUUAUCCUGUCAAGUAGGGCUGAUAUCUAAUAGAUCAGAAGACUUCAGAUCACCCAACUUUUCAUAAAAAAAACUUUUUUAAGAAUA